CCCCUCCCCUCCGCCUGGGUUCAAACCUCCUCCUAGGACGGUCUUCGCGACGCCUCUGAGGGCAGCAAAGCUACGCCCUGCGGACUGGGCGCGCCCUCAGGUUCAGGCUCCAAACACCACAACUAUGAGCAGAAUCCGGAUCGGAAACAUAACUGGGAACCUACUGGAACUGUGUUCCUACAAGCCCCUCGGCUGACCUUUAGUGCUAAACAGCUGCACGGAAUGCUGUGGAAGACCAGUAAUCCCAUUAAAGUGAGGAAGACGACAAGGUUCAUGUUAUUCCCAUUACAUCAUCCUGUUCUGAUAGUGCUGCUACAAUGAGACAAAAUGACAGCAACAUCAUGCAAGAAGAUCCAAGGUUAAGGAAACAGCACCAGCCCCAUUUCAAGUGCUCAACAGUCACCCAUGUCUACUGGCUACCACUCUGUGUGGUGCAGCUAGGAGCAUUUCCAUCAUCACAGGGUGUUCCAUUGGACAGUGCUGCGCUAUGUCAUCAGCUGUGAUUUUGCACAGCUGCCACACCUUCGGUCUGACCAAAAUCAUUCCCUUUGAAUUGGAGGCUGGGCCAGGAUGUGUACCUGCAGAAGUGUGAGUCAGAUGCAGAAAAUGCUUUUAAAGUGAGACUUAGUAUCAGAACAGCUCUGGGAGAUAAAGCAAUCUGAAGAAGAUAAUACAAUGGAAAACAUACCACACUUGGAAUGAUAGAAUGUACAAGAAACUCUAUCCUGAACAUUAUGUAUGCCUGGGAUACAAAUGAAGAAUAUCUCUUCAAAGCAAUGGUGGCUUUCUCCAUGAGGAAAGUUCCCAACAGAGAAAAAACAGAAAUUUCCCAUGUCUUACUUUGCAAUAUAACCCAGAGGGUGUCAUUCUGGUUUGUGGUUACAGAUCCUACGAAAAACUACACACUUCCUGCUGAUGAGAUACAGUCAGCCAUAAGAAUGAAUAGGAACCGGAUCAACAGUGCCUUUUCUUUGAAUGACCAGACUCUGGAAUUCUUAAAAAUUCCUUCCACUCUUGCACCACCCACUGACCCAUCUGUGCCCAUCUGGAUUAUUAUAUUUGGUGUGGUAUUUUGUAUCGUCAUAGUUGCAAUCACGCUGUUGGUUUUAUCAGGAAUCCGGCAACGUAGAAGGAAGAACAAAGAACCAUCUGAAGUGGAUGACACUGAAGAUAAGAGUGAAAACACGAUCACUAUUGAAAAUGGCAUCCCCUGUGACCCCCUGGAUACGAAGGGAUGGCACAUUAAUGACACUUUCAUGACAGAGGAUGAGCGGCUCACCCCUCUUUGAAGGGCUGCUGUUCUGCUUCCCAAGAAACUCACACAUGUUUCUGUGCAACUGUUGAGCACCAUAAAUUAUUAAGGGCAGAUUACAUAUUUUGUUUCACCAUUCUUCUUUGUAAGAAAAUUUGAAUGUGCAUGAAAGUGAAUCAGUAAUACCUGUGAAGACCAUUGGAAUCAUAAGCUGUUGACUACUCCAAAUAUUUUAAAGUAUUUCCCUGACAACACAGUGUGUAAGUGUAGUCAUUUGGUGUUUGUGAUUAUUGAUUUAAAAGUCCAUCAGUAUUUAAGCAUUUUCAAAAAUAAGGACUAUAUAUAUUUUACACUCUGGAGACCUAAGGAAAAAUAUUUUUCCAAUGGAGAAUCCCUAUAAUAAUUAUGAAUAUUAUUUAUAUCAUUCUGUAUAUGACUAAGUAAGCAAGGAUAAAAGUAAUUAUUGUACAUGGGAUGGAUAAAAAUGGAAGUAUUGAUAAACAAGGUAGAAUUUGAUCCUAUUAUAACUAUUGCUUAUGUAUUUUCUGUCAAUCUCUACUAGUGCAGCUCUAUUUGUUGACUUUUUCUGCAAUCUGUAAAAGUACAAUCUAUAAUAAAUAAAGUGCUAAUUAUUUUUUUUGAUUA